AUGCAUCUUGGAGGAGUUGCAUUUGAAAUAGAUGAAACAUCUCCAAACUAUUUACUUAAAACAUGGAUGUCUCAGUUGAAUUCAUUAUAUGUGGUAGACGAUUUAGUUAAGAUGAAUGGGAACCAGCCGGAACAUUGGAAGAAGGAAGGGGAGAAAAAGAGGCAGCAAAAACAAUUAUUCCCUCUUAAUUCGGAGUCAAGAUAUUUUCCGUCUAAAAAGGUUGUUUCCAUAUUGGCUAUUAUACAACUAAUGCUUGCAAUUAGCCAUUUCAUCGAAAACACCAUCUUGCUUCACCGCAAUUUUCACGAUUUUCAUGAUGGUGAAAGUCGGUAA